AUGGAAUCUUUAGAGGAUAGUGUAGACUCGUUAGAACAUGAACGAGGGGACCAGUGUUGGGAUGCGUUUACAUACAAAGAUCAUGAUGAAGCUGUUCGCCUACUAUUAUUAGUGGAAGAACCAAACUUGGUUAAAAGAACCUAUUACUGUGAUAAUACUAGUUUACUUCAUUUGUCUUCAAGGAAUGGUUGGUUAGAAAUUACAAAAGAUCUUAUCACUAAAUACCAUUGCGAUCCACAAGAAAAGGAUUCUGUUGGUUGGACUUGUCUUCAUUAUGCUGCAGUGGGCAAUCAUGUUGAUGUGAUGCAAUACAUCAUUAAUGAAUGUUACUGUGAUCCUAUGGUUACUGAUGUGUUUGGAGACACCAUUCUUCACAUAGCAGCUGGUAGUCGAUCACUUGAUGUCAUGAAGUACCUGAUUAAUCACCAAGUGAGUAAUCUGAUAGCCACUAAUAGGUGUGGUGAAUCUAUUCUUCACUAUGCUGCCGAACAUAUUGAUAUAGUGAAGUAUCUCAUCAAUAAUUGCAACUGUGAUCCAGUGGCUAUAAGCUCUAACAAAAGGACAAUACUUCAUUCUGCGGCUGGUAAAAAUUCACCUGAUGUAAUCAACUAUCUAAUUAAUGAAUUGCACUUUGAUCCAAUGGCUAUUGACAAAAGUGGGUGGACACCUCUUCAUGUUGCUGCUGACUAUGGCCAUUCUCUAGCUGUUGAAUGCUUACUAUCAACUGGUAAAUGUGAUCCAUUAGCUAAAGAUAAUCAGGGGAGAACACCAUUACAGCUGGCUAAGCAGUGGAUUGGCACUAAUAAAUCUACUCUUCCUAUCUUUAAGAAGUUUGGUGAUAUUAAAUCAUUCCAUCCAAUUGAUUCUUAUGUUAACGUCCUCCUUGUAGGAUAUCCUGGAGCUGGUAAAAAGGAAAGGAAGGAAAAUAUAUCGACCCUCUCUGAUAUAAUGUCUGCUACUAAAGACAAUAAUGAUUAUAAUUUAUCAGAUAAGAAAGAAGAUGUCUUGGAUGCUCUUUGUUCAUUACAGUUAACUGGUUUGAUUAGUGUUCUUAAAAGUGAAGACAAGAAGAUAGCAGGUUAA